AUCCUUGACUUCUAUAUUUAGCUCGUCCCAGGGUGCUAUUUCGACUGCAUGGCAGUCGUUUAUAAGCCCUUGGGUCGCCGCUCCCACUUUUCUCCUGCUUUCUCUCUUCCCCCCCCGUCAAACUUGUAGUUAGCGCGAAAACUUUCCCUUUUUCUUUUAAUACCACAAGCACUUUCCCUUUCCUCCCCAAAUAAACACACCGAACCCUGAAACCCAGAAGUGUCAUGAAAACAGACCCAACGGCGGGUCAGCUCGGAGCUGGGCUCUGAUCGAUACAUAUAAAAGCACGUAUUUCUGGACCUGGGCGGAGGGGAGAGCGUGCGGACUCGGUUUAGACGGCUGAAGCCAUGGGGCAAGCGGAGGAGCUAAUCCGGAUGGCCAAAAAGUUGGAUAAGAUGGUGUCCAGGAAGAACACGGAAGGAGCCCUUGACCUGCUGAAGAAAUUGAAUAGCUGCGCCAUGACCAUUCAGCUGCUGCAGACCACAAAAAUUGGUGUGGCUGUCAACACGGUGCGUAAGCACUGCUCGGACAAGGAAGUGGUGACAUUGGCUAAACUCCUUAUCAAGAACUGGAAGAGGCUGUUAGAGUCAUCAGGGACCCAGAAAGGGAAGAAAGAGAAUGACAAAGACAUUGCUGUCUCUGGCUGGAAAGCUGAAACUGCACUCUCCAGCCCUGUGAAUGUCUCCAAAAGUCCUGAUGGAAAGCUGGAAGACAGGAAAUUGAAUAAAUCCACCCCACAGGAGGUAAUGCUGAAGAGUAGUUCUUCCUUGGUCUCCAAGCCAGACAGAGAUCCCAAGGAUGCAUCUACUUCCCAAAAGUCACACUUGGAGCUCAAAAAAGAGAGGAGGGACUCCAAAGAUUCAAGAUCUUCCAGCUCCACCGCUGCUGCUGCUUCUUCCUCUCCCAAGAGACUGUCAGUGUACAAGAGAGCCUCUACCAGCUCCAACCCGGUGGCGUCGUCUCCUGGAUCUCAUAAAAACAAGGAGGAUAGCAAAGAUGAAAGAUCAAAUGACAAAUCUCGAGGUGAGGUUCCCAGGAUGCCAGCCAGUCCAGUCACGCCAACAUUUGGGACUUCUGUCUGCUUCUUGCCCUCCUGCUAUUUGACAGGAGACUCCAUUAGAGACAAGUGUAUUGAGAUGGUCUCUGCAGCCCUGAAAAUGGAUGACGAUUACAAGGAAUUUGGGGUCAAGUGUGAUAAGAUGGCAGCUGAGAUUGAAGAUCAUAUCUUCCAAGAGCUGAAGAGCACAGAUAUGAAAUACCGAAACCGAGUAAGGAGCCGGAUUAGCAACCUGAAAGACCCCAAGAAUCCUGGUUUGCGUCGCAAUGUGCUGUGUGGAGCCAUCCCGCCUGCUCUAAUUGCAAAGAUGACGGCAGAAGAAAUGGCUAGCGAUGAGCUGAAGGAGCUAAGGAAUGCCAUGACCCAAGAAGCUAUCCGCGAGCAUCAGAUGGCGAAGACAGGAGGUACAACCACCGACCUCUUCCAGUGCGGAAAAUGUAAGAAAAAGAACUGCACUUAUAAUCAGGUGCAAACACGGAGCGCCGAUGAGCCCAUGACCACUUUCGUGCUCUGUAAUGAGUGCGGGAAUCGCUGGAAGUUCUGCUGACGCUCUUUGCGCCCCUAUGCCAGCUACAUGAAGAAGAUGCUCUCCUGUUGCAGCCAAAGAGAUAAGAGAAUCUUUGAACUGAUGAAAUAGAAGCAGGACAAGAAAACAGCCGGCAAGGUUGAAGUGCUGGAGUUUCAGCCCCCAUCAGAACUCUUUAAAAAAAAAAAUGCAAUAGAUUUGGAUGAAUUACUUAAAGAGAAUCCUAUCUUUGUACUAGUUCAGGUGAUAUAUUGGUGCCCUUACUGGGAGGGCUGUGUGUGUUCCGCAGUUAUAUUGCGCAAAGGCAGACAUUAAUACUGAGCAUAGAAUGCCACAGAUUGUGGAUUGCUCCCUGCUUUUGUUUUGGGAAAUGUAAAUGUUCCAUUCUCAAGGCUGCAAAGAUUGGUUUGGCAGUGCAUGCGUGGGCAAUGUCUAGUGAAGUCUCCAAAGCCAGAGGAAGAUUCUGAUGUCAAGAAAACAUGGAUGCUGAGGGCCUCGCUUGGUGAUUAGCAGCUUAUUCAAAUCAAAGAGUAUAGUUUAUUGAGGCAAAUCGUAAGUAAUGUUUAAAAACAACAGCAGCAGCAGCAAGAAGGAAAGAAGCAUGGGAUAUACACAGUUCUGACUCUGUAAUCAGGAGUCCAAUAGCCAGACCUCUCCCUUGCUGCCAGAAGGUGGCAUCUAUUAGAAGAUUCGUAGAGACUCAACCCUCAAUUGGAUGGAUUAGAAUUUGAUCCACUUGAUAUUUCCAUCCAUGGUUUAACCCAACCUUGACUCCAUCACCCCUAUUUUGUUUAUUUUGCUAAGUUGGGGUGGAUUUUUUUGGCAAGAGAGAGGUCACCAGAUGUCAAGAAAGAGACUUUUUGUACCUUAAUAGAAAGACCAUCAACCCAGGUACUUUCUCUUCCCAUUUUUUGACUAUACGCUAUCAGCUACCAAAAUGUUUGUUUCCUGUCCUGUGACUUUCAUAUAGGCUAAAUCCAAGCACUGAUCUCCUUUGGUUGGCAUUGUCACUCCACAUUCUUCCAAAGCUGCGCUCCUGGAAUCCUUUACAGGAGAUUACGGGCACAGGUUGAACCUGGAUGUAAAGAAUGCUUGCUAGCACCAAGAGUUGACACCACUUGCCCCUUCCUGCUUUUUGUCACUGUAAAGACAAAAGCAAGUCAUAAUAACCAAUUCACUAGCACCACGAUAGAUUCAGGGUUAUCCAAGCACACCGGGAGGCUAGUUUUGAAUAGGCCACUGUUCUUCGGAUACCUAUUUUACAAAAGGGUGCCAGUCACUGGACAUAAGGCAGUUAUGAAUCCUCCUUCAGGGUAUCUGGUGGUGGAUCUGUGGCUAGUCUGACCUGCUGAUCAGCCUUCCUCAGCUUGGGCAUCCAGUUGCUAUGUGGGCUUAACUUGCAGAAUCCCCCAGCCAGCACAGCUAUUGCAAAGCAUUCUGGGUCCAUGUUUUGGAGGGCAGUUAAGUUGGGAAAGAUGGAUAUCUUCUUGUAGGGAGGGAGCUAGACCUGAGAAGCAGCCCUAGUUGUCGUGUUGGGGGUGUAAUAUAAUUCAGCAUGGCAGAUAAUUUCCCAGUUAUUGUUCUGCUAUGAAAUUAUCAAGGAUUUUGAGCAAACAAGUGAAUCCUGCUGGGGUGUUUGGGAUGUCAGAGUUUGCUGAGGUUCUGCCUCUGACCUGGAGGUACAGAACUAGUAAAGAAAUGUGUACAGCUAUUGCAUGAUGAGGAAUUUCCUCUUUUGUUACUUUACUGUUUUUUUUUCUUUUAUUUUCAAAUGACUUCAUGCCAUAUAGAGCAAGUACUAGGAUUGUCCAAACCAAAUGCCCAAUGGAAAACAGUAAACUGUGAAUGCUCACCUGUCA